GUGCUAUCCCGGACGAGUUCUUCCGAUUCGAAGACCGUCAUCGUUGAACUUGCUGGCAGUCGCGUGUAGACCACCGCGAAUUAAAGAGUUUGAAGAAAGCUCGGGCGUUGCGUUGAAGAUAUUGUCGCGGGUGCGCGCCAAUUUCAAACCGAAUGUUUGAGCAUAAAAAAAACGCUCGGUAAUGGCCGGUCGGCGGAUUAAUGAGUAGCAUCGCAGCGGUGUCGCGUCGGUCGCUUUACGACUUUUGAGGAAAUGGUACCGAGCUGUUCCAUUUUGGUUCAUAGAUGGGAGUAGAGGAAUUCCUAUGCAAGGCGUCGUGGUUUCUGGCGCUGCUCGCAAUGGCGCAACCUUUAGAUCAUAUAGAGAUCAUUCGCGUGACCAGGCAUAACAGCGGAGAUAUUUUUACCACUAACAGAGAAUUGAGCUCAUGUACCGAAGAGAUGUGCAUCGAUGUGACGAGCGGCACUGCCUCCAUUACUUCGGGAAGAAGCAACAUGUGUACCUGCAAAUGUUUACCUCGUUUCCCGGCGUUCAGGGAAGAUCUGCAGUUAUGCGUAGACGACAUCCACGAAUGUUCACUCGCCCCUUUUGUCGGCGGAUCGACAUCGCAGCAAAUCCCCUUUGUGUUCUUACCCCUGAAUGGACAGAUUAUCCAUCCUAGCAAAGAAAUUUUUUUUAAAGAUGUUAAUACUCCAGUCUGUGGGGUGUCAGGAGCGAAAUUUCUUACCGAAAACGGAUGGUUGGAUCUCAGAAACUCUAUGGACUGUGACAUACCUUUCAAGUUAUUCCGCGAUGAAGGUCGCACCUUCCUUCAGUGGGUCGGAGAACCCGAACUACGAAGUAAGAUGUCUGGGAGGAUGGUCCUAGUACAGUUGAUGUGCAAAGAAUUAGCGGAUCCAACCGCUUCGGUCACCACUUCAUACAAAGACAUUUUCGAGCCGUGUGUUGCGUUCAGAGUGGUUGGGACUCCUUUCAGAUCUCAAAGUAAUGUUACAGAAGUGGCAUUUUCGCUAGAAGUUCCGACGCAGGCCAAAACAUCGGGCGCGGGCAGUCUAAGCAUUAACGAAUACGUGACGAUAGGAAUUUGUUCGGUACUCUUGGGACUGAUCUACGUGGCUUCUGUAUUUCUCUAUUUGUAUCUCAGGAAGCGAAACGGCAAAUCGCGAAUUAGAGAUUCUGAUUGCGAAAGCCAAAACCAAGAAGACGAAGGUAUUAUAAAAAACAAUCCCCUCCUGGGCAUCACGCAUUUUGUUGGCUCCGGGGAGAACAAUUCUUACAGUGAAAGUAGCAGCUCAGAAAACGAAAUAGAUAGAAACUCAUUGAAUCAUUACGAUGACACUCGAAGAACAAAAAUCGCGGCGGUGGUACAUUCCCAAAUUAAGAGAACCCAAUAUAACUUACCAAACAGACUGCAAACGACUUUGGACAGUCCAUAUCAAGAUUCCUCCAGUAUCGAACGACUUCCUCAGGAAGACGUGUCGAUAGUGGAGACCUUGGAGGCGAGAGACGAGGCGGAUUUAAAGUUCCUAGCCGGUAAUGUCAGGAAGAAGCUGUAUUUUAACCCGGCUUAUUUCGAACCUCAUCUUUUGAUGGCUCCACCGCCUGCGGCGAUAGAGUUUCUCGAAAAAAUACGUGAGGUCAUCGCUGUGGCCAAACAAAAGAUGGCUUCGAAGCGUUUCACGCCUACUUUACUGAAUAUACCGGAAGAGGAAACGAACUACACUAUUGACCCGUCUAUCGAUUUCUCGAGACCUUCGAGCCGACGUGGAAGCGGAGUGAGUUUCAAGCAGAGAAACAGCAGGCGCGAACCCUGUUCCGGAUGUCCGGGGUGCGAGCCCAAAAAGAUGGGCACCAUCAGCGAGCAAACGACGUCACUAAAUACUUGUCAGAGUUGUUCUGAUAGCAAGCAGAGCAGUAUAAGAAAAUGGCUAGAGGAUAUUCCGGUGCUGCGAUUGGACGAAAAUGCCGCUCCAAUGCUUUCAAAAUCCGCUAGAAGUCCAAAGAGCAUUCGAACUCCGGCGAAAUCGCCAAGCAACAAUAAAGCGGUUGAAACCCCGACCAGCUCAUGUUGCAUAGAGCAUCUCUGCAUUCUUGAUAGGAAUAAGGUUUGUAAAAAAGCGACAUCUGCAAUAGCAGACGUCGAGUGCCGCGACAAGAAUAAGAGAAAAGCACCUCUACCACCACCUGAUAUGAUUCAGGAGGCAAUAGAACUUGAGAAUCAUGAGAACAGAGUACAGACUCUAACGAAGGAACAAAUGAAGGCGGUGAUAAAUGAGCUCACUGUGCAUAAGAAUCUUUUGAUGUCCGCGAAUGGAGUCUUUACGGCAGACGUUGAGUACGAGGCCGACAGUUUGGAACGGAUCGUCGGUAAAGGGCACCAUCUUUCGUUAGAACAUACGGACCACUCGCCGUCUCAAACAAGUCCCAGUUUAAGCACAUCUCUGCCGGUAGACGAAGAAAUCACCAUGCGCAACGCUAUCUACAAUAAAAACACUGGUAAUAUGACCAUAUCGAAGAUCAAUCAAGACGAGAUCGACCGAGCCGACCGCAGCUACCACCUGGUGGUAAUGAAAACAUCCGAGAGUGAGUCCAAGUUACCAGAAUGCUUAAGAAAAUGCAAUGGGUACAGCUUGGUCAGCGAGGUAUACGUAAACAACGGAUACAACUGGAACGGAAGCAGUCCGUCAUCACCAUCGGAAUCGAACUGUUCCACGCUUGAACGAAGGACCUUGAAGGUUAGAUACGAAGGAGGCGCAGAAAAACCGGGAAAGCUUCUGAUAGAAGUCGACGACUGUUUGGACAACUACAUCCCGAUGCACGAAAGCGAUGAAUUCGAACCGGACACCUUGGACAGACCGAAGGCGAAUCUUCACAAGCAUCAACAAAACGGAACAAGAAAAGUGGACGACACCCAAAGUCUACCAUCCAUUGACUUGUCCACUGACCACAUCCUGCUACGGACAACUGGUAGCUUCAAGGGAGAUUCUGAACGCGAAGGCGUCGUGGUAUCCGAACCAGGCAACUUUCGUCGUGUAUUCGGCAGUCUACGGGAACUUUACGAGGAAAGGAGAAAAGCCCAGAGCUUCGAUUCGUUAUUAGCAACUGAUAGCUGUGACGGGAGAUUGCUUACCUUAGAAGAGAGGCACUCCAGAAGGCAAAGGAACUUGGGCGUGGUUAACGGCUUGGUGGUGCAACCUGACGUCAUUCCUCCUCCGCCGAGGCACGAGCAAGUCAUAUACGAUUAUCCAAAACCGGUGAGACAUAGGGAUAGUAGCAUUUCCCAGCCACCACUGUCCUUGCCAUCAAAAAACCCGUUUAGCAGGAGUGUCAACGAUAAGCCCGAUUGUAAAAGUGACACUCCUGAAGGCAAUUCUCUCUACAAACUAUGUCUACUGCAGAAGUCGGCCAAAGACGGAAGCAUCACGAAUCUCAUCCACGGUUCCGAUCUUUUCCUGAAGGAAAACACAGAUGAUCAGUUCAUCAUUCAAUCGACGAGCCGCAAACCCAUCGACACGUGCAAAAUUAAUUCGUUCGAGGUUUGUGUGAAAAGAAAACUUCACCGGAAACCUUGGGAAACCAGUUGGAAACCGGAAGAUUCCGGUUACCUGAGCACCGACUCUACCGAUUCCAAGGUGCGACGGAUGACGUACUUGGUGGAACAAAAUGGGAGCGAAACUGAUGAAAGCUUUGGGGACGGUCACAGCGAAUCAGGAGCUGAGAGCGUCGAGACGCAUUCCGUUUUCUUCGGGAGGUAUCGGGGAGAAGCCAUACCUAAACCGGCGGAAUAUGUGGAGAUGAUCGGAGACGGCGGAGGAUUUAGCAGUUCAGACUCGGAGACUGUAAGUUACACGACGGUGGUGCCAGUCCUUUCAGGUGUUUAAAAUUAUGUUUCAGUUUUCUAUGAAAAUUUCGACAGUUUAAUAGACACGCACAAAGAUUGUCCACAAACAAAUCUUU